CACGGACAUAUAUAUACAUCGAGCAAUACAUUGCCUCUCUCCUUCUUCCUGCAGAAUUGUCCAGUAGACCAAGAAGUUGAUCGAAAACAAUGCUGUCGUCACAGCUGGUUCAUAUCCUUGCAGUAGGAGUUGCCUUACUGGUCUCUUGCCAUGCUCUAGAACCCUGUCCAGACCCCAAAGGACCUCCUGGAAGAGAUGGGCAUCCUGGUCCACAAGGUCCAAGGGGCAGACAAGGUGAGAAGGGAGAUCCUGGAACACCAGGCCGGUCUGCAUCUCAGGAUAUUCUCGUAGAUCUCAUGGAAUUCGAUGAAAGGAUCUCCAAAAUUGAAAAAGCCUUGACUUUGAAUGGAAAAAUUGUAAUAACUGGUGAUAAGCUGUUUGCCAGCACUGAGAAGACAGCGGAUUUUGAUGGCACAGUAAAAAUAUGCAAAGCAGCUCACGGCUCCAUUGCAGCCCCUAAAAAUGCAAAAGAGAAUGCUGCUGUUAUGCGCUUUGUGAAACAAUUUAAUACAUAUGCAUAUUUAGGCAUUACUGAAGGGCAUAUUCCUGGGUAUUUCAAUUACCUGACUGGGAAACCCCUGAAUUUUACAAAUUGGUAUGAAAAUGAGCCCAUGGGCAAAGGUACAGAAAAAUGUGUGGAAAUGUACACUGAUGGCACCUGGAACGACAAAGUGUGUAGCUAUUCCCGCCUCACUGUCUGUGAGUUUUGAACUAAACCUCAUUGCAAAUCUUAACAACAUGAAAAUAGUUUUGCUACAGUCCACUUAAUGAAGUAUUGCAUCUAUACCCCAGAACAACUGGAUGUUUCUUGCAAUGUAACUUGACAUGUCUGUGAUUAUUCUGUUGUCAAAGGGGGAUGGGGAGACAAUUAAA